AUGGGAGCCAAGGCAGAGGCGCCCAAGGCCCACAAUCAGGCCAAGGCGAAGCCGGCCGCGGCCGUGCCGACCACCUCCAAGUACGCCGGCUCCGCGACCAUGACCCAGGCCGCCCCCACCAGCGCCUCUUGGCUGGCAGUGCUGAACAUCGUCAGCGGCAAGCCGGUGGCUGCCGGCGAGAUCGCCAGCAGCGCGCAUACCACCAGCUCCGUUGGCCCUGCCAGGGGCUACGCCAAGGCGGCGGGCGCCGUUCUGCCCAGCAGCGCCCCAAAGAUCGGGCCACCUGCCGUGGCCGUUGGGCGCGCCAUGGCUGAGGGACGUCCCGCAGUGUCUAUGGCUGGUGGCAAGUUGGUCACCACCAUCAGCAAGAAGUUUCAGAUCGUGUUCGUGACCAGCGAAGUGGCACCGUUCUCGAAGACCGGAGGUCUGGGUGAGGCCAUGGACGGCCUGCCCAUUGCGCUGGCGGCCUUGGGCCACCGCUGCAUGGUCAUCUCUCCUCGCUACGACCAGUACAAGGAGGCCUGGGACACGGGCUACUGGGGCUCCGUGCCCAUGGGCGGCAAGAACGAGUCCGUGCACUUCUUCCACACCUACAAGCAGAAGGUCGACUACGUCUUCGUCGAUCACCCCACCUUCCUGGAGCGCGUCAACGGACUGACAGGUGCCAAGCUGUACGGCCCGGAGUGGGGUCAGGACUUCGCAGACAACCAGGCUCGCUUUGCCUACUUCUGCAAGGCCGCGUUGAAGGCGAUUCAGGAGCUGCCUCUGGGCGGCGCUGUGUAUGGAGGUGACUGCAUGGUUGUCUGCAACGACUGGCACUCGGCCCUAGUGCCCAUGCUCAUCCACGCCGAGAAGCCCACAGGCAAGUGGACGAACACGAAGUCCGCCUUCCUUUGCCACAACGCCGUCUUCCAGGGUCGCUUCGUGCGUGAGGAAGGCCUCGCCAGCGUCUUCGGCGUUCCAGAGCGCUACAUCGACAGCAUCACCUUCAAGAUGCCACUGCGCAUCGGCAAGUACAACGAAAAGAUGUCCUGCAUCAACACCAUGGCUGCGGGCCUGCGCUACGCCGAUCGU